CCCAGAGAGGCAUCCAGAGAACAACUCCCUGCACCGACUUACCAACCUUCGAGGAACCAAGAGCGACUCUUUCAAUAUAGAAAAACCUGACAAGUCAUAAUGGCUAAAGGAUCGUGCUAUUGUGUCUUCGCAGACAUCUUGACCCCACCCCUGGUGUUACUGGUGGCCGGACUGUGUUUGUACGCCCCGACCUCUGUCUUGGCUGAUGGUCCUGACACGACCUCAAUCUUAUCCUGGGUUAAUGAAGUGUCACCUGGAACUAACUCGAAGAAAGCUUCCACUAAUACCGCCCCACUUAAUCCUGACACCACACACGAUCCCCAAAACACUGCCACCACACAAGAUCCCCAAAAUAUUGCCACCAUACAAGAUCGUCAAAACACUACCACCACACCCAACCCCCAAAACACUGCCACCACACCCGACUCCCAAGACAGAGAGCAGACGGGGAACGUGAAUUCAGAGAACCCACUAAAAGUUUCGAUAGAGAACUGGGCACCAGUGGGGAGGUCAGAUUUCUUGAGGACUCAUGAAGCAACCAAAAGCCAAGAAAACCCGAAGGUGUUAAGCGAUGAUGAAAAGGAGGAGGAGCUGGUGGUGGUACAGGAGACCAGGGUGGGGUCUUCUGUGGCAGAAAUGUCCACCAUCCUCGUGCAACAAGCCACAAUAUGCUCCUCUUAUAUUGACGAUUUUAAGGACGACUUUGUAUUGAGCACACUGGGCAAGACGUGGAAGGACGCACAGAAGGACUAUCCUCCGGGUUCAAUCCCUGAACCAUAUUUACCCGAUCUGCCCAACCCGGGUGUCUAUACUCCGAAAGAGUUUUCCUAUGAAUUGGUGAGGACUUACGGCCUUAUGCAACACUACAUCGUCGCCCUCGAGCACCUCUUCCUCGACCAGAAUCUCUAUCUUCUGGAGACCACGAUGCUGCAGCAGGUCGACCAAGUGGAUCGUGACCUGGUCGUCCUGUUGCAGUACAUGAAGGACUUCGCAGCAAAUCGAGGACUCACACCAGACAACGACAACACGAAGAAGCUGAUGGUCAUGACCUACACAAGGGUUGAUGACUCAUCCAGGAGACUCAGGGAUUUUGGCAUCCUGCGGGAUACACAGGCUGGCCUCCAGCAUAUCUCUGAAGUCUUCAACAGUUAUCUUUGAGGCUCUUCAGACUAUAGUCGGUGUGGCUAGUGCGACACUGGUUUAACUUAUGCAAGUUAAUGAAUUUAGAUAUAAUGACACAUGAAUCACAGUUAAAGGGAAAAUGGACACUAACACACCUAAGUGAUGAAAGUAAUGCUAGAUAUAUUUCGAUUCCUGACAGGUCAUCGAGGUAGUUAACAUUAUCACGACAUACUGACAGUUUCAUGAAGUAGUCUCAAAUAAACACUCGGGAAAAAAGUCCUGGAAAAAGUGUAACAUUAUACAAUGAUGGAUUAUAUAAUAUCACCAUGGAAUGAAAAGCAAAAAUAAAUGUAGUUUACACAAGGUUGGUUGUCAUAAUGUCUUAAAAAGUAAUAUUACAAAUAUCGUUGGGCUGAGGAAAAAAAAAUGAUGAAAAAUCGUACGGGAAGAAAGACCUCUAGGAAAUGAGGGAUAUUAGUACCAAACAGCUACAAGGAAACAGUAUCAUAACUCUGAAGACAUUCAUCAUAGGGUAACAUGACCCAAAAACAUUACAUUUCUAAAAGGAAUUAGUUGAGGAUUUAUAAAAAGGCCGUCCAGACAUUUCUCUCUUAGACGGCCCAAAAUAAACAGCAUGGUACAUAGACAUAGACAUAUUUGUUUGAAAUAUUGGGGAAUAAGUUGACAUAUUUUUCUUGGGAUAUCCUGUAGUGUCGAAUGAAAGAAAAUAAGAUAAACUGGACGAAACACUGACGCAUUCCCCUAAAUAUAACGUGUAUAUAUGCCACUAUGAUACUCUGGACAUCAAAUGAAGACAUGAGUAUGUUCAUGUUCCAUUUGAAUUACAAUUUGCAACACUGAGUCAUUAAUCAUUUGAUUUAUUUUCUAUUUCUUAAUAAAAAUUUAUUACCCGU